UGCACAAAGAAUGAACACCUGCAAAAAAAAAUAUGGCUCUUAAUCUGGGGAUACUUGUAUCACAAGCAUUGUUUCCUGUGAUCAAUUCACAACUGUUCUUUGGAGCUUAACCUUCAGAUUAAAGAUCUCCCAAGCAUUGUGGAUCUCCAUGGAUCAAGACCUUAUCUUCCAUCCUCUCUGUGUAUAUAAUGCAGCUUCCUCGGUCUAUGUUCAUCCACCUUUCAGGAGUCUGCUGAGCUGAGAGAUGAGUGGUGGUGGCAAGAACGCGAACAUGUCAUGCUCGCUCCUCUGCUUCCUACUCUCCUUCUCCGCCAUGCUCGCUCAUGCCGGUGCAGAAGUCCACUUCCAUGAGUUCAUUGUGCAGGCGACGCCAAUGAAGAGGCUGUGCAGGACUCAUAACAUCAUCACCGUCAAUGGCCGAUAUCCCGGUCCGACAUUAGCAGUUAGGAACGGAGACACGCUAGUGGUCAACGUCGUCAACCGGGCCAAGUACAACGUCACGCUUCACUGGCAUGGAGUCCGCCAGAUGAGGACGGCGUGGGCGGAUGGGCCGGAGUUCGUGACGCAGUGCCCUAUCCGGCCGGGUGGAAGCUACAGGUACCGGUUUAGGAUCGAGGAGCAAGAAGGGACGAUGUGGUGGCAUGCGCACAGCUCCUGGCUCAGAGCCACUGUUCAUGGAGCUCUCAUCGUCUACCCCAAGCGAGGCUCUUCGUAUCCUUUUCCCCACCCCAACACAGAAUUCCCCGUGAUCCUCGGGGAGUGGUGGAACGAGGAUCCGGUUCAGGUCAUCCGGCGGGCGACGAGGAGCGGCGCCGCCCCAAAUAUCUCCGACGCCUUCACCAUCAACGGCCAACCCGGCGAUUUCUACAAAUGCUCUAGUAAAGACACGACGAUAUUGCCGGUGGCGGUUGGCGAGACGAAUCUGCUACGGUUCAUCAACGCGGCACUCAACCAGGAGCUCUUCAUCAGCCUCGCCGGCCACACGAUGACGGUAGUGGCGGCCGACGCCGCCUACACUAAGCCAUUCGCUACCUCCGUCCUCAUGCUGGGCCCGGGCCAGACGACCGACGUCCUCAUCACCACCAACCAGCCCGCCGGCCGCUACUACGUUGCCGCCCGCGCCUACGCCAGCGCCCAAGGCGGCCCCUUCGACACCACCACCACCACCGCCAUCCUGGAGUAUAGCAACAGCGGCGGGGGUCAGGCCUUUCCCCCGGCGUUCCCGGUCCUCCCGGCCUUCAACGACACCCCAGCCGCCACCACCUUCGCCGCUGGGAUGAGGAGCCCUCGGCCGGUCAAGCUACCGGGGCCGGUCGACCAUCACCUCUUCUUCACCGUCGGCUUGGGCCUGCUGAGCUGCCCGCCCGACAGGUUCUGUGCCGGGCCGAAUGGGACUCGCUUGGCCGCCAGCAUGAACAACGUCUCCUUCCAGCUCCCCACCCGCCUCUCCAUGCUGCAAGGCUACCACCUCGGCGUGCCGGGGGUGUUCACCACCGACUUCCCGGCAGUGCCGCCGGUGCGGUUCGACUACACCGGGAGUAACAUCAGCCAAGCGCUGUGGCAGCCGGAGCGGGGUACGAAGGUGUACCCGCUCAAGUACGGGUCGGUGGUGCAGAUAGUGCUGCAGGGCACCGGCAUCUUGGCCGGGGAGGAGCACCCCAUGCACCUCCACGGCUACCACUUCUACGUGCUGGCAACGGGGUUCGGCAACUUCGACCCCAGGCGGGACGCCGCCAGGUUCAACCUGGUGGACCCGCCGUUCCGGAACACGGUGGGCGUGCCGGUGAAUGGGUGGGCGGUGAUCCGGUUCGUGGCGGACAACCCGGGGGUGUGGCUAGUGCACUGCCACCUCGACGUGCACAUCACCUGGGGCUUGGCGAUGGCCUUCCUCGUGGAGAACGGCGUCGGCGCGCUGCAGUCCCUCGAGCCGCCUCCACCCGAUCUUCCUCUCUGCUGAACACUAUAAAUAACUUGCUGCUGUUGCUGCUGCUGCGGCAUUAAUAAUUUGCAGCGGUAUUCUUCUUCGCCACUGUUUGUAACGCACAUUUCAUGCAUUAAAUCACUUUAAUAAACCCUUAACC